AUGCGUUUAACGAGAAGAGUGUUAUUCGAAUUCCUUAAGUCCAGUCCAGAGCAAACUGUCUAUCUCACACAUUUGAAAUGGGUAACCGGGAAACAGUCGAUUCAAAACUACUUUAGUCGCUUUGGGAAAGUACAAGAUGUCAACCUUUACUACGUAAGUCCUUAUGUUUUUUAGCACUAAAAACAUAAAUCUUACAUUUUUACUUGUAUUAUUUUUAUAUUUUGAUUGUGCUUUUUAGGAUUCAAAGACAGGCCUACAUCGUGGUUUUGCUUCAGUGACGUUCGCCCAAAUAGAAGGGGCCAAAAAUGUCAUCAGAAGCUGUCCUCAUGUCAUCGAUGGGGAAUUAGUAAGUUAUUUUUGUUUUGGAAACGUUAGAAAUAUAUUUUGUUAUAAGAACCUUAUUUUUACUAAUAUUCAUCAUGUAACGUUUUCUUUCCAGGUAGGAGUCAACAAUAUGAUGCCGGUGAAAGAACCUAUCAAGAAUUUUAAAACGUUGUAAAUAAAUUAAAAUAUAUUUAAUUUCGGUGUUCUACGCGGUUCAUGACCUUGAUUACUGUUGUUUUUUAUUUAUAUUGUUUACCUGACAGUUUUAGCAGAAUGAGGUUAUCUGGGCUUCUGGCAGCGAGAACCUUGGUUAAGGACAAACCUUUUUUUGAUUUGUUUGUUGGUAACAUUCAUUGGAUCACUGGAAAGGGUAAGCCAGAAUAUUACUCCAAGUAUAUUUGAAUUUAGACCAGAUCUCCAAGUAUUUCUCACAAUUCGGAGAAGUCUCUGGAGCCGCAGUACCAUUGGUAAGUGCACCAUGUGAUUCUUUUUUAUAUGUGACAGUUCUUUUCGUAUGCUUACCUGGUAUUCUGACUGCGUCAUUUUAGAACCCAGUGACAGGCAUGAAUCGAGGCUACGGUUUCUUCAGCUUUGCCGAUAAACAGGUGCAGCAACAAGUACUAGAAGGUAACAAGAAACAUCGUAUUGAUGGCAGAGAAGUCGAGAUCAAAAAACGAGUUUAA